GAAAACAACGAUAGAAACCCAUGGUUCAAGGAAUUCUGGCAGGAAGUGUUCAACUGCACAUUGUCAAACGGAUCUCAGACAAAAUCCUGCUCAGGGAACGAAUACAUCGGGAUGGAAGGUGCACCUUAUAACCAAGAGGGACUCGUGCAGUUCGUGAUUGAUUCCGUGUAUGCGCUGGCGAUUGCACUCCACACCUUGUUAACUGAGCAUUGUUCUGUUCCAUUCCCUAACUGUACAACGCCAGCAGUAAGAUCAGGCGGGGAGGUUCUCAAGUAUAUUCGUAAUGUUUCUUUUACAGGAGUAGGGGGAGAUUGGGUGCAGUUUAACAGAGAAGGCGAUGGAUUGGGCAAAUAUGAUAUUUUCCAAUAUCAGCAAACAUCUAAAAGUGUUUACAACUAUGUUAAAGUCGGUCAUUGGAAAGACAGUUUACAUCUGAAUGAAACGAUUCUUAGGUGGAAAAGGAAGAAAAUUCCGUAUUCGGUUUGUAGUGAACCAUGUCCGUCUGGCUUUGCUCGUCUGGAGAAAGGGUUGAAAUGCUGUUGGGGUUGUUUUCAGUGUGCGUUCAAUCAGUACUUGGCGGAUGAAUAUACUUGUAAGGAUUGCCCCGAGGGAUCCAAACCGUCCCGAAACCAGUCAACUUGCAAACCACUUCCGGUUCUUUCCUUGGAAUGGGGAAGUUUUUGGAUGUUGCUACCCAUCGCUUUUACAAGCAUCGGUGUCGUGUUAACCAUUCUGGUCAUGGCAGUCUUCAUACGAUACAACGAGACCCCUGUUAUCAUGGCAUCUGGAAGAGAAUUGUGCUAUGUGCUACUCAUUGGAAUUUUAAUGUCGUACGGAACAUCUGUUAUUAUGCUAGUUCGUCCUACUGUCAUCUUAUGCACUCUGAGGCGAUUGGGACUUGGUGUUUCGUUGUGUUUGAUUUAUGCUGCAAUGUUAACGAAAACUAACAGAAUAUACCGAAUAUUUAAUAACGGCAUUAAAGCCAUGGUAAAGCGCCCGAGCUAUACAAGUCCAAGGUCCCAAAUUUUUAUAUGUUUUGGCAUAGUAUCUGUACAAAUUGUGGGAGGAAUCACGUGGCUUGGAUUUGAGAAACCAGACACGAUGUUUGUUCUUCAAGAUCAGGAUUACUUAGUACUCAAGUGUAAAGCCAGUCAGACUGCAAUCAUUGUGUCCCUGACAUACAACAUAGUACUGAUCAUAAUAUGUACUGUUUAUGGAGUUAAAACGAGGAAGAUACCACAAAAUUUCAACGAAGCUAAAUGCAUAGCAUUCACUAUGUACAGCACGUGCAUUGUGUGGCUUGCUUUCAUUCCAAUAUACUUUGGAGCAAGUGGUGGUGAUUUCAAGAUUGAAGUUACCUCGCUUUGUAUGUGCGUCAGUAUAAGUGCCACCGUUGCACUUGUGUGUGUAUUUGCUCCAAAGAUGUACAUAGUGCUACUUCAGCCCCAUAAAAAUGUCAGACAAGGUGCUACAACCUCAUUGAAAAACAACCACCCAACAUUAUCCCGCAUCAUAUCCGAACGGACAGAUUCUCUCGCACCCUUUCCAUUCCAAAAUGGAGGAGUUUAUUCUCAACCAAAUCAGACCACCCAAACAACUCAUACGACAAUCAAUGAUGUAUUCAACGACGAUCUCGAGGACUUUUCCUGUGAUGAUGAUGGAAUAGGUUACGAUGAAGACGAAUCGCACGAACGAUUGAAUCCACCCAUGGAAGCUGAUAUCUGAAACCUAUACAUUAUAUUUCUAAAGAAUUUGGACAAUAUAUUGAAUGUUUUUUAUACAUACCACUUGCACAUUUUAAUUGUCCUGUUUUUAUAUAAUCAUUACGUAAUUUAUAUAAAAUUAUUUCAUUAAUUCGAUGUUAAAAGAAUACAUGUACAUGUAUGUGGUUCAUAGUGCAUCUCCAUUUUCACACAUCCACCCACUCUCAUACACAUACACUGUACACAUGUAUAUAUAGGAACCGUAUAUAAUUGCCUUCUAUUAUUUACGUGAAGAGAUUAAAAGGAAGUAAAUAUUAGCACUUCGUUCUUAAAAGAAUGAGCCUUAAAAUGUAGCUACCAUUGCUGAAUGUCAAUCCUAUCGAUGUGUUUGUUAUCAAAUGCAAUGAUCCAGCAUUCCAUCAAUAAAAUGCUCAUGAGUUCCAAAUGUAUCCGUGCAACAUGAGAAUGAAACUUACCUGUCCAACAAAGAAUACCACUUUGACGACAACUCCAUUUCGAGAUAGUGGGGCCUCCGAUAAACGGUGCUUCUAAUAUUUUGUUACUCUUGCCAAAGACUAUUGAUUCUUCUACGUCAUCAAUAACUUAAAAUCACCACAUUCCCUAAGUUACAUCUAUCUUGUUCUUACAGAUGUCCUUGUUGUUGGUAAACGUGUGUACAUUUAUGAUUUGUUAUGGAUAUUUUAGAUAUAAAUAUUAUCAUGGA